CUUCAGUUCUCGUCCAUAACAUCGGCCAUUAAAACGGCUGUAAUUGUUCGACUGCGCGUUUCUUAACCCGUGUCCUCAUGCGACUAUUGCGAGUUGAAGCCGACGGCAAUUUCAGUCUGGUCGAACGCGAAGGAAGAAACAUUCCAUUCUACGCUAUUCUAUCGCACACUUGGGGAGAUGAUCAGGAAGAGGUCACGUUUAAAGACCUGACAAAUGGAACGGGUCAAACAAAAGCUGGCUAUUCAAAACUCCGCUUCUGUGGCAAGCAAGCUACCCAGGAUAAACUUGAAUACUUCUGGGUGGAUACGUGUUGCAUCGACAAGUCAAGCAGCGCAGAGCUUUCAGAAGCCAUCAACUCAAUGUUUCGGUGGUACCGUGAUGCAACCAGAUGCUACGUAUACCUCUCUGACGUCUCAGUUGGUGCCUCCAGCAGCAGAGAGCGGCAGCCUUUCUUGAACAGCAGAUGGUUUACACGAGGUUGGACUGUGCAAGAACUUCUAGCUCCACAAUCGCUCCAGUUCUUUUCUUCUGAAGGAUGUUUGCUUGGAAGCAAAGACUUGCUUUUCCAGGAGAUUGCUACGACUACAGGCAUAUCCGUCGAAGCCCUGCGCGGAAAACCUCUGUCACAGUUCAGCGUUCAGGAGCGUAUGUCAUGGGCGGAAAGACGAGAGACAAAACGCGAGGAAGACGCUGCUUACUGCCUGUUGGGCAUGUUCAACAUCCAGAUACCGCUAAUCUAUGGCGAAGGACGACAGAAUGCGAUGAGACGACUUCUGAAUGAGAUUGAGAGCAGGGGCGGAUUGGACCGCAUCUUGAAGUGGCUUGCGCCUCCAGAAUUUGCGACCGUCUAUCACGAAUCCGUCAGUGAGCGCGAAAGUGACACAGGACAAUGGAUAUUCAGCCAUUCAUUCUUUCGCAGCUGGCUGAAUGGAGAGCAUCCGACCAAGACUUUGGGACGACUCCGUUGGAUCCAUGGACAUCCUGGUGGAGGCAAGACUACACUAGCUGCCUCAGUGAUUCAAUAUCUGUCCUCUGGACAGCAUGGUGCACCAUCUGCGCCCGAGGUGUAUUAUUUCUUCUUCCGCCAUGACAACCCUUCACACACCAUGCUAAUCUCAGCUUGUCGUUCAAUACUGUCCCAGUUCAUCCAGCGACACAGCAACAGACAAGAUAUAGUCGAAGAGUUCCAUACCACCAUCGAUCAUGGGCGUAAGUUGAUUGGUCAGUCCGUCUCAUCAGAGCCCGAAUUACUCGAUCUUCUUCAGAAAAGCCUAAAGACUCUUCCCUGUGUAUACAUC